GCCCCGCGGGAGGAGGCGGCCGCGCCGCACCGGUUGCAGGCGCCGUCGGGCCGGCGUCUUCCCAGAGCUCCUGUGUCACCUAAAGGGCAGCUAUGGAUCUCGAGGCAGAGGUAAAGAAGCAGGUGAACCCUUUCUACUGCAAUAUUUGCAAAAUCUGGUGUGCUUCCGCAUUAAACUUGCAGACUCACUUCCUUGGAUUCAAGCACAAGAAGGUUGAAGAAGCCCUGAAGGCUCAUGGCAUUGUUAAAACUGCAAGUGGUACAGGGGACCGAGUGAAAGCACCUCUGAAACCUCCUGGUUACGUGCAAGCUAAGCCAGAAAGGUAUCAUGGACAGACCUUGGAAGAACAGCUUAAUACAUGUAAAGAUUCAGAACCUGCACUUGGACUUAAUUAUAUAAUUGAAUAUCGAUCAAAAGAUAAUUUUCCUUUUCUCUAUGAGUGUCAACUGUGCCACUGUAAAACAGGACUGAGCAACAUGUUCAUGCAUGUUUGUGGCUCCAAGCACAGACUGGCGUACCUGAAACAACACUAUCCUGAGAUAGCAGAAUCUGAUGAAGUUAAGGGUAAAGGCUCUGAACUGAACAGAAAAGUCAGGCAAGUUGCAUUAACAAUUGAGAAGAAGGAAGGAAGAAAACAAUUAAAGGUUGUUAUAGAAGCUCCAGUAAUCAGGAAAAGAUGGCAAGAAUAUCCUAAUGCAGAUGAUAGCCCGUCAAAAGCUAAAGUUCAGCAUGUGGAUACAUCACUUAGUAAUGAAGAAGGAAUAGACUGUAAAAAUAAGGAUGGAAAAUUGCCAGAUCCGAUUCAAGAAGAAAAGAAUGUUCAAGAGGAGCAGGAACACUGUCAGAAAGAACAGGCAAUACCAGAUGAGAAGGUUGGAACGAACACGGCUGUUGAAAGCACUAAAGGCAACCUCACCGAAGAAGGCAGCAGUUCUGAAAAAUGUGAGACCAAUAUACAACUGCAAGAAGAAAACGAGGAAGUUGAGCAAGCAUCUGCAGCAGCUGCUGAAGAAUUCACUAGUCAGGAAGAACUGCUGAGUUACCUGCAAAGUUUUGAGAUACUGAAUGAAGAUGAUGCUGCUUUUAUCCUAAAAGUCACACAGACUCUCACAGAUGCAUUGGUGGAAUAUCGUCAGCAAGCUGCAUCAAAAAAAGACCUCUUAGAUAAUGAAUGUAAUGGAGAAGAAGCAUUGGAACGUUCUACAGAACAAUCUGAGCUGACUUCGGCAGAUAUUAGUGAUUCUGAUACUGACAAUUCAAGCAGCCGAUCGGCUAAAAGGUCCUUAUCAAUAAAUGAGGAAGAUGAACUGCAAAACUUUUCAACUGGCUCUUUGGACACAGCAUAUGAGAACAACGUCACUGCUGAAUUUUUGAACAGCGUGAGAAAUAUGAAUGUUGAGGAAGUUACUGCUACUCUACAUAAAAUAGCAGCUACAAAUCCAGCUUUCAGAGGAAUGGAUAUUCCAAACGUUGUGAAGAUCCUGACUGAAAGUGGGACUCUGAGAAGACCAAGCAAUGGCAGCACACACUGACAUGCUAGUUAGCAGAGUUAAUAUUGCACUGUUUACUUUCUGUAAGUUUUAAAUCAUUCUUUUGCUUAAUAUGAACUCAAUGUAGCUGAUUUUGCUAUAUCCAAAUACUGUAUGAUGUUCUUCUAAUUAAUAAUUUGGUUUUGAAAUUCUUAUUAUUCUAUAUGGAAAAGUUAAAUUUAAUGUUGUUUCCUUUCACAUUGGCCUCUAUUUUUAAAUGAGUAGCCGUUACUUUCCUAAAUAUCUUUACAUACUGCAUAUUAGCAGUCUGAUCUUUUCUUAUUGAUUCUUAAGGCUCUUUGUAAGAGUUAAUCACAGAAUUGUAGAGGUUGGAAGGGACCUCUGGAGGUCAUCUAGUCUACUAAAGCAGUUCCCUAGAAUAGGUUUCACAGGAAGUCAUGCAGAUGGGUCUUGAAUAUCUCCAGAGAAAAAGACUCCACAACCUCUCCAGUGUUCCGUCACCUUCAUGUUUGUUUGGAAUUCCCUGUGUUCCAGUUUGUGCCCACUGCCCCUUGUUCUGUUUCUGGGCACCACUGAAAGGAGCCUGGCCCCACCCACUUGACUUCUGUCCUUUGGAUAUUUAUAAGUGUUGAUAAGGUCCCCCUUAGUUUUUUCUUCUCAGUCCCAUGUCUCUCAGCCUUUCCCAUAAGGGAAAUGCUCCAGGUCCUUAUCACCUUUGUGUCUCUCCACUGGACUCCCUCCAGAAGUUCCCUGUCUUUCUUGGAGAACCCAGAACUGGGUAUAAUACUCCAGAUGUGGCCUCACCAGGGCAGAGCAGAUGGAAAGGAGAGCCUUCCUUGAUUUGCUGACCAUGCUCUUUUUCAUGUACCUCAGGAUCCCAUUGGCCUCCUUGACCACAAGGACAUACUGCUUGGCUCAUGGCCAGCUUGCUGUCCACCAGGACACCCAGCUCCUCUGUAGUGCUCCUCUCCACUGCUCUCCCCCAUCUGCCCAUCUACAUCAUAGAAAGGUACCAGAUUGGUCAAGCAUGAAUCUGUGUUGACUACUAAUAACCUUUUCUUCCACUACAGCAGUCAGCAGUACAAAUGCAUCCUACAGCAAACAGUCAAAUUAUCCCCUGUGGCUGCAAGGCCAUACUGAAAGGCUAUUGAAAUUAGGGGUAUCCUCCCAUGUAAAGAUUAUGAAUUGGUCUCCUGUUUUUCGAUAAAGAUUAAAAACUACAACAAAACAGUGCUGUCAGUUCAAUUCCGAGUUAGGUGCAUGGAUUAUAGGUAACUUUUGGAGAGGAGUUAACUGGAAGUGUUAGCAAACUCAGCAGAGGUUGACUUGCUUGCAAAUUCACAGAUAUAUUUCAAGAGAUGUAACCAGAGUAUACUUAAGAAAUGCUGACUUGAUAGUGAAAGAAUCUUUUGUCUUCUCUUAUUUUACCACUAUAAGCAUGAAGUGAAAGCUGGCUUAUACUGUCUUUCAAUUCAUGCUCUUUUAAAGUGAGGUGGUUUUUUUUUGUUUUUUUUUUUUUAACCUAUAGUUACAGUUUUUUUUACUGUAUAUAGACAGAGAUUCUGUCUGCUAGCUGCUAUUAAUUUUGUAGGAUGAUAGAAAAAUGUUUUGGAUGGUUACAGACUUAUGUUUGGGGAAAAGAAUUUAAAAAAAUUAAAUUGUGUGGGUCAAUUUUGCUUCCUGAGUAGCAUUCAUUGCUUCUAAUUAAAAUUCUUUAGCAUUGUAGUCAAAAGCUGGCCUGAUACAGGCAUGGUGGAGCCAGAUUGCAAACAAACCUUUUAAUGUUAACUUACUGUUUUUGGACAUCUGGAUGAAAUUGAGAGUCCUCAUCUUUGUGUUUUCACAUCUUCGCAUCCUGGAAUGCAAGAUGCUAUGAAAAAUAAGGUAACAAAGAAAGCAGCAGUUAAGGUGUAUGGUUAGUUAGGAAUGAAAACAGUUCAUUGACAGUUAAAGAAAACACAAAACAUUUACUGCUUUAAAGUAAUAGUGAAAAAUCUUUGGAAUGCCUUUAAAUAUGUUCUCAUCAGAAACAGAGGUGGAAAUGUAGCUCUUGUUUUCACUAUAAUAGGGACAGUGUUCAUGUCUACUUGAUGAAGAUGUGCUUGAUCAGUAAAAGCAUCUUAGAAUUUACAUGGAAUACAAAUAAUUUCCUGAAGUAUCUGCAAUAAUAGCAGCUUCAUGUUUUUGUUUUCAUAGUGUGGAACAUUCUAUUAAUUAAAAUAAUAGACUAUUCAGCUAUUGUAAAUGGCCAUCUUUGGAACAGCUUCUUUUUUCACUUGCUGUGAAAUCCUUCCUACUGGAAAUAAAAUUAAGGGGGAAUUCCUUGGAUUUAAGCAUUUCUUUUUCCUCAGGUCCGUUAAGCACAUGCUGAAAAUGGAAAGACUUCUGAAUCCAUAGCACACUGAUAUAGAAUGGUUUGAAUGAUGUGCUGCUGAGUGCCAGUACUUCUCAAAGACAAAAUAGCAAAUGCAAAAAUGACUAAGUGUAUUCUUCUGGAAAUGUUUUCGGAAAGAAUGUCUAACCUAGCACAUUCAGUUGUACAAUUAAUCUCCCUUUAAAGCUUUCUUUUCUGGUGCAAAUACAGGCUCUAAAAGAGCUAGAUUAUUUUGUUUGUUCUGUCUCCCAAUGUUUUGUGAUGGCUUGGUAUGUUCUCACACUAACAGAAAACUGUAUACCUACUACAAAAAUAGAACUGUAUACCUAUUCCAGAACCUAUUUUUAAGGAUAACAUCUAACUUGUGCCAGAAUUGUGUGGUUUAAAAGAGAAGGAAAAAAAAAGGCACUGUAUCAAUGAUACUUAAGGAAUAUUACUGACUGUAUAUGAUGUUAUACAUUGAUUGUUACAAUAUCACUGAGACACGAGAAAAAUUACACCCACCAAGUGGGAAUUGAUUUUUCUUUCAGCUUUAUGUUCACCAUAUUUUACUGAGGCAUCAGAGAGCUUUGGGGAAAUUGUCUUUAACAAAAUUGAAGAACAUCUCUUAGAAAGUAUAAACUGGAAAAGAGAAUGAUAUUCACAGGUGAACUGACAGGAAAUGGAAAAUUUUGACUGUGCAACAGAAGGCUUAGUAGGUAUAGGUUAUAAUGAGCUCUGUUAUAGUUCUGGAAACGUUCUGCUCUUAUAAAAUAGAAUCAUUUAAGGUUGGAAAAGAAGUCCAACCACCAACCCAUCCCCACCCUGCCCACUAAACCAUGACACUCAGUGCCACAUAUACACCUCUCUUGAACACCUCCAGGAAUGGUGACUUCGCCACCUCCCUGUGCAACCUGUUCUGAUGCAUUACCACUCUUUCUGAGAAUAAAUGUUGCCUAAUAUCCAACCUGAACCUACCCUGGCACAAUUUAAAGCCAAUGUCUCAUUCUAUUGCUAGUUUCCUCUUGUUUUUCUUCCUGUUUUUUCUAGGACUGUCUUUCUCAGUAAUGAAUUGGUUAUCCCUUUUGAAGCAGCAGGCCAUCUUGUGAAUUUGAUCUAGGUAUCAAUGUACAUAAUGCAUACAGUAUGUCUGAAAGUAUGGUACUAUAUGUGAAACCUGAAAUGCUAAUAGUGACUGCCUUGCCUUCACUGAAAUUACUCUUCUAAGUGUUUUUCUACUUUGUAAAUGCAAAUACUGGGGUUAUUUUUUGCUUGUUUUUUGUUUUUUUUUGUGAGAGGAAAUGUUACUACCUAAGUUCAUUUUAGAAACAUAAUUAAAAAUAUUCUC